AUGACGACUCCACGAGAAUCCAUGACACUCUUCCAUAUCCGAAGGUCCCUCAAGGACCUUGAAGACCACCCCUCUCCCUUCUACAACGCCGGUGUGAAGGACGACGACAUAUACGAGUGGACAGCCACCAUUAUCGGGCCGAAGAAUACUCCCUAUGAAGGAGGUGUUUUCUCUCUCGGCAUCCACUUCGAUCCAGGAUUUUCGCUUAAGGCACCGUCGAUGCACUUCAAGGCACCAAUCUUCCACCCAAACGCCAGCCACCUGGGCAACAUCUUUCACCCAAUGCUGGUGUACGACACGUGGUGCCUGAUGACGACAGUGUGUCAGAUGUUAAUGAUGAUUCACGACAUGCUGAUUCAUCUGCGGAUCGAGGAGAAGGAUGUUGUGAGGGAGGAUGUCGAGGAUAUGUUUCCCUAUGACAGGGUCCGCUUCGAUGAACACGCUUGGAGGUGGAUCCAAUUGCAUGCCAUGUGGUAA